AUGAAGCUGCCAACGCGUCAGCAAUGGCUUCCAAAGUAUGACAAGGAGCUCUGCGUUCGUCCGUUCAACUACGUGGAAGGCGACGUCGCCGAGGCGAUCUGCAAAUUCUGCGAGGUGUUUGGACGGGAAGAUCCGCCAGACGAGCAAGCCGAUUCCGCGUUCGAUGCGUUGGUGAGGAGCGCGAAAAAGAAGCGCAAGAAGAUGGCUAAAGUUAUGGUGUUCAAGACGUUUCGCCGCGACCAUAUCAUCCGACACAUGCAGCGCGAGAACUCGAAGCAGUGGUCUGCCUUCCUUGCUGUCACGGAGGACGAAGAGUGCGAAAGCUUUUUCCUGCCUACCCGGAUCGAGGACUUCCUCCCGAGACACCCUCAGAUUUCGUUUGUGGUUCCGAGCGGAAUUGCCAGCCUCAUCGAGCGUCUGUUCUGCAACCGAGGUGAUACGCCACAUGGCUUGGUGACCGUGGACGACGAAAUCGGAGAGGUUGAAGUCUCCAACGACUUUAUGGAGACCGAGACGGAUGGAUACGUUCUAGUUAUCCGUGAUCGAGACCAGUUUGAGACCAUUGUCAGCUGCAUCAACGCGGGAACCUGGGGAUUUUCGCUGAUGGUUGAUGGCGCAACGCACAACAAAGAAGGAUACCUGGACGUGCGUUUGUCGUUUGGCCUCGUGGGUAAAAUUCACAACAUCCACCUCCUCGCCAUCCCCAUUGGCGAUAGCGCCCACAAAGGCCAGAACUAUGCUGAGCUUGUCAUUGAUCUACUAGAGGACAUCGGUGAAACCAACCUGCUCCCUCAACUGAUCGGUAUCUCGACGGACGAAGCUGCGACGAUGCUAGGCCGCCACCAGGGAUUCUCGACGCGACUUCGUGCUGCUGCUGAAUACUUUGGAAACUCGGCCAUCACGAUCAACUGCGCUCUGGAUGAGCUCGUGAACACGUUCCAGUUGAAGUACGAGAGCAACACCGAAGACGACUCAGUGAAUGUGGACAAGACCAAAGUGGCCAACCACCUCAAGUGGUGCUCGUGCAAUUCGUUGGCGCUAUUUAGCAGCAUGGACGUCGGAGUGCAGAGAGACGAGAAUGCCACAGAAGACCAGACCCACAGUGCAACGGAUGGUACCGAACUGGACGACGCAUCCCCCGACGAGCAACCUGAUCAAAACGACGUCGAGUAUGAGAUCGAUCCCGCCCCACCCCAAGACCCUAUGACUCAGACUGAACUUGUUGGAGCGGUAGCUGAGGCCAUCACCGUUUUCAUCAAAACCGUGUCAUGUAUCAAGCUCGACAUCAACAGCGAUUGCCGCGAGGAACCUCCUACUUCUCCUAUCGAGAUAAUACAGUGCACGGAUCGCGCCUUCUGUGCACUGCUGGCAGCUCACAGCCCCAAAUUGAAGGCUCGAUUCGGUGCUACGGCAACAACCGUGACACUCGAGGUUGUCUGGGAGAAGGCGGCCUCGUUCGGCAACUUUGAACUGCUGGCCGAGUUUGCUGUUGGACUCGCUAGCAUUGCGCCAGGUACCCACGCAGUGGAGGGGGACUUCAGCACGCUGAAGCGUACGAUGGGUCCGCAUCGCGGCCGACUCAGCAACUACGCGAUGGAAGGUACCAAGCAGUUUCCUAGUGUGCGGGCCUCUCCAAGCCACACUCUAGCGUAG